CGAAUUGGAGCGACGCUAUAUUCUAGGGUCGCUGUACUCUCCGUCUCCGACCCAUAACACCCACCCACUCCGUUCCCGCUACGUGCAACCCGCGUAACACCGCCGUCGUGAGUCCAUGGACGCCCGCCUUGCCUGAUUUCAGAUGACCUGGUCGGACAACCUGGCAACUCUCGCGUCCCAGCCCGUAGUUCAGCAGCUCGCACCCCUCGUCGUUGUUGUCCUAAUCCCGAUCAUCGUACUCUCCGCACACCAACACGUACUUGGAAUCUUUGACGCUGUACUGGAAGCCGCACGCAUGGUCCUCGAGACACUCGGCCUCAACUUCCUAUGGAACCGAUCGUCGAGCUCGCAUGGUAGUCGUGAUUCGGCCUCGGAGCGGAAGAAAAUAAAGAAGAAACCGCGUACGAGAGCAGAGCAGGUGGUUCAGAAUGGUUCCGUCGCACGGCAGUCAACUGGAGGCGAUUUCCAUUAUUAUCCUGGCCUCGUCAACAUAUCCGGGACUUACUGCUUCAUGGACUCCACCCUUCAAGCAAUGGCGUCUCUCUGUUACCUGCAACCAUAUCUGAACGCUAUACACGCGAAAGCGGAAGCACUCGAUGUCCCUACCCCCAUUGUCGACGCUCUCUGUGAUCUGCUGCGCAUUCUUAACACACCCACAUCAUCUCCUUCUUCCCUUCGCCCUCAUGCGAUCAUUCAGGCCCUUGCUACGUCCAAACCAGCCAAGCAACGCUCUCUGUUUGCUACACGCGAACAUCAGGACGCUCAGGAACUGUUUCAACUUAUAUCCGAAUGCAUAAAAGAGGAGGCUCUCGCCGUCGAUCGUGAAGGCCGCCGUGACCGUGGUCUGAGUGCGUUAGCACUCGCAAAAGAUGGGGAUCUAAUAGGCCGUGAAGUAGGCCGGAGCGUCUUCGAGGGGCUUACUGCCAACCGACGCAGUUGCAUGCAAUGUGGCUAUACCGAGGCCGUGAUGCACUUCGGUUUCGACAAUUGGCAGCUGGCCCUUCCUCCUCCGACCGCUGGCGGAGGUGCAUGCAGGGUGGAGGAUUGCAUAGCGGAGUAUACGAAGUUGGAGGUUUUGACGGAUUGCGUGUGUAGAAGGUGUUCCAUGGUCGCUACCCAUCGCAAGCUCGUGCAGGAAGUGGAGAGAUUGUCGGUGGUCGUCCAUAGCGACGAGAAGGCUACGAAAUCGGCGCGGAAGAGGGCACGCGAGGCGAGGAAACUCGAGGCGCGUGUCCGGGCUGCUCUUGAGGAAGGGCGAAUAGAGGAUGAUAUCGACGGAGUGAAGAUGGAGAAAGUGAUCAGCGGCCCGAGUACCAAACAAGCUAUGGUUGCCAGACCACCUCCUAUCCUUGCUCUUCAUCUCAAUCGCUCGAUACACUAUGGUUAUUACGCCGGCCGCAACAACACCCACGUCAUUUUCCCCGAGAUCCUGGAUCUGACUCCCUUCACCACCUCUGGUUCUCUCUCUACUAAUCCCACGUACCCUAUCUCAUCUGCGCCGUCCUCCUCUUCCUCGUCGUCAUCUCCUUCCCGACCUCGCACACCACCUCCGCGCACUCUCUAUCGACUUUCGGCCGUUGUGUGCCAUUACGGCGACCAUUCGUACGGUCAUUAUGUUUGCUAUCGGAAGACACCUCGCCCCCCUUCCGCUGGAUCAAAGAGGGCAUAUGGCUUGAUCAGGGAGAGCGACGACGUCAUCACUGCCAACGAGAAGGCGGGACUUCCAGGGCAACCGGGACUUCCAGGCACAGGAUGUGGUUGGCUCAGGAUCAGCGACGACGAUGUGAGGGAGGUAGGUAUAGAGACUGUCCUUUCGGAGGGCAGAGGUGCGUUCAUGAUUUACUAUGAACGUGUCCUCGUGCCGGUGCCCGCUCCCGCUCCACCCUCGGCUCUGCCUUCUGUCCCCACGCAUGCAGCGCAUCAGCGGUCGCUGGAGGAUGCGAAGCUGCAACCCAUUGCCCUCCCGCAAGCGCGAGCGCAGUUUCCUCAUCGGCCUGUCGAGACAACUCCUAGGAGCAGCGAGGAGACAAUCAAGCCUCCGACACCCACACCUCCACGUCCGCAGGCGCCAGACUUCGCGGGUUACGGCGACGCCGGGAGCACUAGCGCCGGCUCCGCCCACACGCACGUACACAUGCCCCCUGGAUCUGCCAUGAGAACCCCGACCGUAGUCGCUUCGUCCAAUCUUCAGUCCAUUACCAAUCGCGCGAUAAUGAACGGGACGAUGGCUCGACCUACACCCCCGUCCUCACCUUCUACGUCCCCUACCCCAGCGUUGACCUCGGGCGUUGUCUAUCCCAACGCGCACCCCCUGAUACCUCUCCAUCCUCCUCCCCUGCGCGCCGGGUCUCUUCCCCGCGUAGUGCGGAACGUGUCCCUCAGCCAGGCCAGAAGCCGAGCGGGUAGCCCCGCCAACCCCAGCGGCGUAUCCACUCCACCUCGAAGGACGGCAUCUCCAGUAGAAAUGGGGAGCGAAUACCGCAUGCAUAAUGGGGCUGGACCGUCCCCCGGCACGGCGAAUGGACGUCCGAGGGCGGGUAGCCGUACGUCCCAUAUGACCCAUGAAAGCGUCCAACAGCCCCCCUCCAGGACAGAACGCCGGCCAUUGCCUAUACCACCUCCGCAGUCGACCUAUACGACGGGUGCCAUGCUCUCGCCCUCGCCCGCAUUAUCGCAGCUGUCGCAGCGACCGCGGGCGUUAUCUAAUACGACGCAGAGCCAGGCGCAGGGGCGGACGUUGCCGCCUCCACCGAGGAAGCAGUCCAUAGUGUCGACCACGCCGCCCGCUGUGCACGCACAAUGACCCCGACGUUUCCGUUGUCUUUUGCUUCUGGGGGAUUUAGCUCCGCUCAUCUAUGUUAGCGUAUUACUGCAUGUAUCAAUAGCGCACGAUUGGACCCGAUACUUCCCAGUAUCUCAGCGGCAGG